AUGGAUUGGUUUUCUCUGUUUUAUGGAUUGCUUUUGUUAAAAGGUUCUGGCCAAACUGGAAGAAAAAACAAAUUUGGAUUUAAUCAGUGGUUUCCUAUGGUUCUUCCCUGUCGUCUCAGGUUUGAAACAUUAUGGGGUGCAGGAAGAAAAAUGUGGCAGAAGUUGGAAGCAAGAGAAAAGAAGCUUUUGGAUGUAGCAGUGAAGAAGCAACGUCUCUCUGCAGAAGCCAGGCUGUUGUGUUGA